AUGGACCCCGAGUCAGCAAGCGGUCGCGGUUCCCAGGACCAGGUUGCCGCGCAGCCCGUGGCGACAUGGAAGGGCUACUUAUGGGACACGUGGGAGCUCCCCCGUGACCAGCGGAUGCUGCUGUUCAAGGUCGACGCCUUUGUGCUCACCUUCUCGUCGAUCGGAUACUUCCUCAAGAACCUCGAUCAGACCAACGUGAACAAUGCCUUCCUGAGCGGAAUGAAAGAGGACCUGGGCAUGUUUGGCAACGAACUCGUUACAAGCACCUCCAUCUGGACGGUGGGCUACGUGAUCGGACAGAUCCCGUCCAAUCUGCUGCUCACCCGCAUCUCGCCGCGUUAUGUCAUUCCGUCGCUGGAAGUGGGCUGGGGCAUCGCGACCAUCUGCACCGCGUCGGUGCAGUCGUACAAGGCCCUGUACGCCCUGCGCUUCCUCGUGGGCUUCUUCGAAUCCGGCUUCUACCCGGGCAUCCACUAUAUGCUCGGCUCAUGGUAUACGCCGCGUGAAAUCGGCAAACGCGCCAUGAUCUUCUGGCUCGCCGGCACCAUCGGACAGCUGUUCAGUGGCUUCCUGCAAGCCGCCGCGUACACAAACCUGCAUGGGGUGCAUGGCUACACGGGCUGGCGCUGGCUCUUCCUCAUCGACGGCAUUAUCACACUCCCGCUCGCCGUAGCCGGAUACUUCUUCUUUCCCAACCUGCCCCAGGGCGGCAAGAAGACGUGGUGGCUGACCGAGGAGGAGCACCGUCUCUCAGUUCAGAGAAUGCGGGCGGUUGGGCGAGCCGGCAAGCAGCCGUGGACGCGGGAGAAGAUACGGAGCAUCUUCCUGAGCUGGCACACCUAUAUUUUGCCUAUGAUAUACGUCAUCUGGAACAACGGUAGCCCGCAGGCGGCCAUGGGGUACUGGCUGAAGAGCUUCAACUCGAACCCCCCGCCUGUUCCUGGAAAGCAUUUCACUAUUCCGGAGAUCAACAACUUGCCCCUGCCAACAACGGGUAUCUUCGUCGGCAUGGCGCUCGUAUGGGGCUGGCUCUCCGACGGACCCUGCCGUGGCGCUCGAUGGCCAUUCAUAUACGCCGGCGCCAUCAUAACGCUCGUCUUCAGCAUGCUCAUGUUGAAGAUGCCGCUCUACACCAACAUACGCGGCCGUAUGAUUGUGUACUGGUUGAGCCAGCUUGGUAAUGGCGCUGGCCCCCUGAUCCUGAGCUGGAUCAACGAGAUCUGCUCCAACGACACUGAGAAGCGGGCGCUGCUUGUCGCCGCCGGGAAUGACUUUGCUUAUGUUGUGCAGGCUGUGGCCCCGAACUUUGUGUGGAAGACCACGGAGUUUCCAGCGGCUCAGAAGGGCUACAAGUGGGAUAUCGUUCUGCAGGUGUUGCUCAUCCUCAUAACUGCCACCACACAACUGCUCCUCUGGCGAGACAAGAGGAAGGGUAGCAAGCAGGUUUCGGGUUCCAGGUCUGCACCGGAGUCAGAUGAGAUUCUGACAGGCCGACGGGGGGGCCAAAGUCAGGGGUCUAUUGACGCUGCUGAGCAAGGGAAGGCUGUGUAG